AUGUUCGUCCUUGUUUCCACAGGAAAUUUGUACAACUGGCGGGACGAAGUCAAUUGGCCAUCUUUCGUGCUAAAGAUUGAAGAUACGCUUCACGAAUUUGCAGAGCAAUAUCAUACUGCAGAUGAUGGUGUCGUGUCCGUCUCAGACAUUCGCUUUCGUGAAAAUCUCCAAGCAAGUGUUUUUGACUUGAGUGAUGAAAUCGAUGAAUGGUACUACACACAGUGGGAUUCCGUGCUGACUAUCAAGACAAGUAAUCCACAGGUAUCUGAGAUUUACACUCAAUCCUUAAGAAGUUCAAUGUUGUCAAGACAGUUACUUGAACCAACUCAUCAACAGCUGAUGGAGGAUGGUGGCGCCUUCAAUAUUGCAACCAACAAUUUCCUUGAGUCUCUCAUUGAUAUUCUUUGGAAAUGGCUACGACUUAACAAUUUUUGCUUGGUUUAUGUGAAAGAUCGAAUGCUCGAGCUUUAUGGUAAACUUAGAUCCUUGCGAACCAUUCUCAAGCAGCAGCACAACAUUGAGAAGGACGAUGACAUUGUGUUUUUGUUACAUGAUGCCGGUGUCUUGAUUUUCUCUUUGUACCAAACGCAUACCGCUGUAGAUCUUGGAUGUUUUCGUGAUUUUUUGGAAACAUUGAAGACUACUCUGCUACAACUUGAAGAUAAGGAUUCACCAGUACCAAAAGUCAACGUUCCUAAGACUAAUCAGUUGGGUUCUGUCGAUUUUGUGCUGGAGAAACUGGCGAACCUGACAAGUCGUGAAGCUGAACCAAUUCCCAACAAUAAUAACCAUGUUCAAACUGUCCAUGAACAACUUGUCACCGUGAGAUCUUUCUUAGGAGACAUUGUUGAUUUCUACCAAGAACAUGAGGAAUAUCAAGCUCUUUGGAAUCUUGUUUUGGAGGUGACGUGCAAGGUUGAGUGUCUCAUAGAUCAGUUACUGGUUGAUGAUCUUCGAUAUUGUCCUUCAAUUUCAGUUGAUGCCAUCCUGGAAGACAUCAGGGAUAUUAAGGCCAAAACCGAAGUUAUGAGACCACAAAACAGGCUGAAAGAAGCAACCAGGACUUACCAUCAUCAGCCAUCACAAAUGACUUUAUUGGAAGCAAAUGAUGAGGUUGUAGGUUUCUCCAGCGAUGCAAAACUAAUCCUGGAUCGGCUCAAAAGAGGAUCAAAGCAACUGAAAGUCAUAGCCAUUGUGGGUAUGCCGGGGCUUGGUAAGACCACUUUAGCCUCAAAAGUUUACAAUGAUGACUCUAUUUCACUUCAUUUUCAAGUCCAUGCCUGGUGUGCUGUCUCACAAGCACUGGACAAAAAGAAUGUGUUGUUUCAACUUUUGAAACAGGUUGAUCCCAACUCCAGCUGUUCUAUGCUCAGUGAGCAAGAUUGGGUAGAAAAGCUGUGGCGCAGCUUGAAAGGGAAAAGAUAUCUCCUGUAUUUGGAUGAUAUUUGGGACAAUGAAGCAUGGAAUAGUUUGGCACCAGCAUUACCUGAUGACAACUACGGAAGUAGAAUUCUUUUGACAAGUCGUAAUCAGGGCAUUGCUCCUAGUCACAUGCUUGACCAAGAACCUCAUUUUCUCAAGUCGCUCAAUGAAAAAAAGGGUUGGGAGUUGCUCCAGAGGAAGCUAUUCCCAGCGUUUCCAGAAGACGCUGAGAUUCGAACCACAAAGCUGUUUUACAUAUGGGUGGCUGAAGGGUUUGUAAGGGAAACUGAUGGAAAGCGCAUUAAAGAUGUUGCUGAAGAUUAUUUGAAUGGUUUAAUUGGAAAAAGUUUAGUUAUGGGUGCCAAAAAAAAAUGGAACGGUGAAGUCAAAACAUGCCGCAUUCGUGACUUGCUUCGUGAUUAUUGCUUGCAGAAAUCCAAAGAAGAACAAUUUUUCCAUGUCAUAAAGGGAUAUGAUGAGCUUUCGGCAUUUAACGAGCCCAGCAACCUUCGGAGGUUAUGCAUCAACUCUGAGAUUAAGGAUGUGAAACAAUCAAAGUUGUUUUGUCCGCGUUCCCGUUCUCUACUUUUCCAAGUCCCUCACGGGUCAUCUGAACCAUUCGGAGAUGCCUCAUCUGUGGUUAGCAUCUUCAAACUUCUAAGAGUGUUGGAUCUGGAGGGAAUAUGCUUCAAGGGUGAUUUUCCAAGUGAAAUAAGUUUGCUGGUUCAGUUCGCGUUCCUGGCAAUUAGAGAUUUCUUCACUCACAUGCCGUCAUCCGUAGCUAAACUUUCAAAUUUGGAAACUCUUAUUGUGGAAUUAUCAAAUGCAGGCAACAUUUCAUUGCUAGAUAUUCUGUGGAAUCUGCAUAAGCUAAAGUAUCUUCGCGUUAUGCUCACUGCGGGUAUUGUGAAGAGAGGGGAAUACCGGGCCCAACAGGAUAGCACAAUAUUGGAAGGGGAAACCUGGGAAAUAGAAGAAGGGGAGUUCUCCCAACUUAGAAUUUUGAAAAUGAAAUGGAUGAAUCUCGUCCGGUGGAGAGCCGGCGAUGAUCAAUUGGAAUGUCUCCAGAAGUUGGUGUUGAAAGGGUGUAAAAAUUUGGAAGACAUGCCUUGUAAUUGUCUGGAGAACAUUCAGACGCUUGAAACAAUUAAGGCUUUCUAUUGUUCUGAGACUACAGAAGAAUUGGUGAAACAGAUUGAGGAACAACAGGUGGAACAGUUGGGCAAUUCAAAUCUUAAGAGUGGUUCCCUGCUGCCACAAUUAAUUAGUGGCUCUCUUCCUACCAUUGAUGACAUAUCCAAACUCAUCGGUUCUGCUUUGGAGCUUCUUCGGGAAAACCAUUACCUAACAGAAACCAAAGCUUUGAUCGAGCAGCUCAAAGUCUUGCAAACUCUCAUCAUCUUUGUUGAAAAACCUACUCAAGAACUGUUGGCUCACGCUAACAAUGUUGUGAUCCAUAUACAUCUCUUUUUCACGUGUCCCAGGGCACUUCACCAACUUGGCGGAGAAAUGCUUCGAGAUUCUCCGACAACAUGGGCGCAAACGAUCAGCCCAUCUAGUAGUCCAAUGGUAUGUGAGAUUUACACUCAAUCCUUAAGGAGUUCCAAGUUGUCAAGACAGUCAUCUGCUCCCACUGAUCAAGUCUUUCAUGAUGGCGCCUUCAUUGCUACCAAGGAUUUCAUUGAUUUUCUGGUAGAUCAUCUUUGGGAACUCCUACGACUUAAUAAUAUUGAUUUUCUGGUUUCUGUGAAGGAUCAAAUGCAGGAGCUGUAUCACAACCUUAGAUCCUUGCGAACCAUCCUUCUCAAGCAGCAGCUUCAGCUCAACACUAAGGCAGACAUUGUAUCUUUGUUGUGCGAUGCCGGUGUCUUAGUUAUAUCACUGUUCCAAAUAGAUACAAAAGUAGAUCUUGGAUGUUUUCAUGAUUUGCUGAAAACAUUCAAGACUAUUCUGCUACAACUUGGAGAGGAGGAUCAACCUGUACCAGAUUUCAACUUUCCUAAGACUAAUCAGUUAGGUUAUGUCGAUUUUGUGCUGGAAAAACUGGUGGACCUGAGAAGUUCUGAAGCUGAACCAAUUCCCAACAGUAACCAUGUCCAAACUCUUCAUCAAGAACUUUUGUUCUUAAGAUUUGUCUUAGGAGACAUUGUGGAGUUUCACCUAGAACACGAGGAACUUCAAACUCUUUGGAAUCGUGUUUUGGAGGCUGUCAUGGAAGAAAUCAGGGAUAUAAAAUCCCAAAUCGAAAUUAACAGAUCAGAAAUUGAAGGCAAAAGACAACAAAACAGGCUGAAGGAAGCAACCAGGACUUACCAUCAUCAGCCGUCGAAAAUGACUUCCUUAGAAGCAAAUGAUGUGGUCGUAGGUUUCUCUGAUGAUGCAAAACUAAUCAUGGAUCGACUCAAAAGAGGACCAAAGCAACUGAAAGUCAUAGCCAUUGUGGGUAUGCCGGGGCUUGGUAAGACCACUUUAGCCUCAAAAGUUUACAAUGAUGACUCUAUUUCACUUCAUUUUCAAGUCCAUGCCUGGUGUCCUGUCUCACAGGCACUGGACAAAAAGAAUGUGUUGUUUCAACUUUUGAAACAGGUUGAUCCCAACUCCAGCUGUUCUGAGCUCAGUGAGCAAGAUUUGGUAGAAAAGCUGUGGCGCAGCUUGAAAGGGAAAAGAUAUCUCCUGUAUUUGGAUGAUAUAUGGGACAAUGAAGCAUGGAAUAGUUUGGCACCAGCAUUUCCCGAUGACAAAUGUGGAAGUAGAAUUCUUUUGACAAGUCGUAAUCAGGGCAUUGCUCCUAGUCACAUGCUUGACCAAGAACCUCAUUUUCUCAAGUCGCUCAAUGAAAAAGAGAGUUGGGAGUUGCUCCAGAGGAAGCUAUUCCCAGCUGGAAUUCUGGCAACUACAGCGCCUGAAGAUUGGGACAAAAUUUGGGAAGAUUUAAAUUCGUGCGAUGCAUCCGUUACAGAGCAGUGCACGGACUCAUUGGAACUCAGCUACAAAUGUUUACCUGAUCACUUAAAGCCAUGCCUGCUCUAUUUUGCAGCGUUUCCAGAAGACGCUGAGAUUCAAACCACAAAGCUGUUUUACUUAUGGGUGGCUGAAGGGUUUGUAAGGGAAACUGAUGGAAAGCGCAUUAAAGAUGUUGCUGAAGAUUAUUUGAAUGGUUUAAUUGGAAGAAGUUUAGUUAUGGGUGCCAAAAAAAGAUGGAACGGUGAAGUCAAAACAUGCCGCAUUCAUGACUUGCUUCGUGAUUAUAGCUUGCAGAAAGCCAAAGAUGAUGGUUUUCUCCAUCUGGUAAAGGGGUAUGAUGAGCUUUUGGCAUUUAAAGAGCCGCGCAACCUUAGGAGGUUAUGCGUCCACUCUGAGGUUAAGCAUUUCAAGCAAUCCAAGUUGUUUUGUACGCGUGCCCGUUCUCUGCUUUUCCAAGACCCUUACCGGUCAUAUGAUCCAAUAAAAGAUGCCUCAUUCGUGAUCAGCAUCUGUAAACUUCUAAGAGUGUUGGAUCUGGAGAAAAUUAAGUUCGGGAGUGAGUUUCCAAGUGAAAUAAGUUUGCUGGUUCAGUUGGCAUUCCUCGCAAUUCAGGGUGACUUCGACUGCAUCCCGUCAUGCAUAGGUAAGCUCUUAAAUUUGGAAACACUAAUUCUGCAUCCGAUAUUUGACUCGAUUCCAUUGCCAGAUAGUCUGUGGAAUCUACAGAAAUUAAAGUAUCUUUGCAUUGGUGCUGGUGGUGGUGAUGUGCCGAUAGAAAAUAUUGACAAGUCACCCGUUUUAUAUGAGUUGGAUGAGUUUUCUGGUGCCCGGAUUCCAUACAAUUGCAGUUUGGAGUUGGAGAGGUUAGUGGCAAAAUUUCCCAACAUCCGUAAGUUGAGGUGCUUUAUUAGCUGUAACAAAGAUAACAAAUCAGAGAAUCCCCACAGGGGGAUUAUAGUUCGUGACUUCUUGACGCAUCUUGAAUCACUUAGCCUGUCAUCUGACAUUAACCAAGUGUUCAAGUUCGGUUUCCCUAACAAUCUGAAAAAAUUAAAGUUGAGAGGCUUUAUUCUGUCUGGGGAGAAUAUGUCCACCAUUGGUGAACUCCCAAACCUUCAAGUGUUGGAACUACAUAGUACAAGAUUUGAAGGGGAUACAUGGGAAACCAAAGAAAUGGAAUUCUCGCAACUUAGAAUUUUGAAGUUGCGGUUUGUGGAUCUUGUCAGUUGGAUAGCCAACGAUGACCAAUUUGAAUGUCUUCAGAUGUUGGUAUUGGAAGAAUGUGAUAACUUGGAAGAGAUUCCUUGUCACUGCCUGGAGAACAUUCUGACACUCGAAACCAUUGUGGUUGUCAAUCCCUCUGAAGCUACGCGAAAAUCGGAGGACCAAACAGGUGGAGCAGCUUGGUAAUUCAAAUCUUAAGAUCGAGAUUGUUCAGUCAAAUUGGAAUUGAUUUUUUCUACACCUCGUUCGAGUUGCUACUGUUUUUGUAUUGUUUUUGAAGUUCUUGAGUGGAUUUUUUGUUUCAUUAGAGUAUUAUUUCUCUUCUUUUGGAGUCCAUUAUGAGUAGUGGAAAAGCUAAG